CCAGCUUUCUUGAUAAAUAUACAUAUCAGUCUCUGCACCAAACUCAGACCUUGUCAAAUCUAAUGAAGAAUUCUGACUCUCAGGCUACAUUUCACCACAGAAAAUGGUACGUUGGAUUCAUUUAAAUCUUCUAAUAGUGAUGCUCUUCUCCUCUCCAUGUCUUGGCAUACCGAUGAAAAAGUGUGAGGAAACGGGUUUGUCCAUGGAAGGUGGAAACUACACGCUGUCGGACGGCACCAAUGUGAACAGCAUCGUGUCGUACAUCUGCGCAGAAGGUUUCUACCCUUUCCCCUCCGCCACGCGUCGCUGUCUGAGGUCGGGGAGGUGGCACCCUGGUCUUUCAAAAAACAAUGUACCUUCAUGCAAAAAGGUCACAUGCCCAGAUCCCUCCAGUUUUGAGCAGGGGUCAGUCAGUCCAAAUCAGAUGCAGUAUUUCGUCAAUGACGUGACCACUUAUAAGUGCUUUGACGGCUACAAGUUCUUCGGAUCGGACAGUCGCACCUGCCAGGCCAACGGAAAAUGGAACGGAUCCACGCCGAUCUGCGACCACAGCUCUGGGCACUGCCCUGACCCUGGUGUGCCCCCUGGUGCCCGGAGGACUGGGCACCAUUUUGGUAUUGAUGACAAGGUGACCUAUCGCUGCGACCAGGACCUGAUACUGGUUGGAUCAGAAGAACGUGUUUGCCAAGAAAGUUCCGAGUGGAGCGGGACGGAGCCGGCUUGCUAUUAUAAACAUACUUACGAUACUCCUGCUGAAGUGCAUGCAGCGUUUGGCAGUGCUCUCAAUAAUCACCUCUCACCGGAUCAUUUUAAUUCAUCCGGCAGUCAACACGGGAAAAAGAUCAGAGCGGAUGCAGGUGAAAACCUUCACAUCUAUAUCGCCCUGGAUGUAUCCGACAGCGUGGAUGAGGUCGACUUCUCAAAGUCCAAGGACUGCGUCCUCAAACUCAUCGAGAAGAUCAGCUAUUAUGAAGUCACCCCGAAAUAUGAUAUCUCGGCAUUUGCCACUGAGGUGACGCCCAUAGUAGACAUUUUGGCUCCUAAAACUAAGGAAAAGUACAUCAAUUUGGAGACACUGCGUAAUUUUUCCUAUGUCGCUAAAGGAGAUAAGUCAGGAACCAACAUAGCUUUGGUCUUCAACAAAAUCUAUGAGAAGAUGAGCGUCAUGAAAACUCGAAAUGAAAAGGGGUACAAGGACGUCCGGAACGUCAUCAUCAUCUUCACUGAUGGCAUUGCCAACAUGGGGGGGAGACCUAAAGACGUCGUGAACCAAAUCCAGGCAUUUAUGCAUUCCGUGGUCGGAGCAGACUGGGAAGAUCACCUGGAUAUCUAUGCGUUCGGCGUGGGUCUUGAGGCCGACACGGCAGCACUGCAGCAGCUGGCGUCUAAAAAGGAGCAGGAGACACAUUUCUUUAAACUACAGGACCUGAAAUCUUUGGAAGAAACGUUUGACAAAAUGAUCGACGAAGGGAAUACUGUGGGCCUGUGUGGCCUCCACAGAACUUAUGGGGAGGUUACAUCACGCCGAAGACACCCCUGGCUUGUGAAGAUCUUCAUUCCCAGGGACGGUAAAGGUAGCAAUUGCGUUGGCGCUCUGAUUACAUCCCGGUUCAUCCUGACAGCAGCCCACUGCUUCAGGUUUGAGGACAAACCAACAUCGAUCACUAUUACAACGGACGUCAGACCAUAUUUGAAGUUGAAGGUUAAAACAUUCAAAAUGCACCCUAAGUAUAACAUCCAAGCGAAGAAGGAUCAGGGAAUACCAGAGUUUUACGAUUACGAUGUCGCUCUCAUCGAGCUGGAUAAGAAAGAUGAUGUGAAGUUCAGUGUGGACGUCAGGCCAAUCUGUAUCCCCUGCACUAAGGAAACCAGUCGGGCCUUAGGGCUGCCGGAGACCGCAACAUGUAAGGAACACGAGGACAUCCUGUUAAAAAGUAAUUAUGAACAGGCAAGCUUUACAGCUGCAAAUGACGUAAAGAAAAAUGUCACCAUCAAGCUAGGUCCUCGGAGGGACAGUUGUGUUCGAGAUGCUAUACAUGCAGAAAGAAUGAAUGUGACCAAAGCCAGUGACAUUGUGACAGAAAACUUCCUCUGCACAGGAGGGAUUGAAGAUGAAACGAACCACAUCGCAUGCAAAGGUGACUCGGGCGGAGCUUUGUAUGUAGAAAGGAAAAAACGUUUGAUCCAGGUGGGUGUUACAAGCUGGGGUGUCAUUGAUUUGUGCACUACCCGCAAUACAAUUACGUCUACCGAGCAUUCCAGGGAUUUCCACAUUAAUCUCUUUAAAGUUCAGCCAUUCAUCAGAGAAUACCUGGAAAAGGAAGAUGAGGACUAUGGUCCAACAGCUUUUAUCAACUGACCAAGUUUAUUACUGUAAUCUUUUUGAUCAUGUGGUAAUUUCUUUUUAUUUAAAUGCUAUUCAUGUACUUUCAGAAUGUAAUUAAAUUUCAAUUAAUUUAAUUCCACUUUUUGUGCUUCUAAUUUAGUGUAUUAGGAACGUUCUUCAUGUAUUUUGUGUCUUUUUGUAAGUCUCGACUGAAGUCUCUAAUAAGUAAGUCAUUUACCCGAAUGAAAUCUGGACAUUUGUUGAGUGAACUUGUGAUAAAGAUUUAAUAGGA